AAUUCUAAUUGCACGUGAAUGUAGCACGAGUUAUGUUGUCAUUCCCUUAUCAUUCAGGCUGCAUUUAACCUUACAAACUACCAUAAUAAAUAGGGAUCCACUAUUUAGUGCUCUUUUGGACGUAUCUACAGUCCCUGAGGUCUUCUGUGGUGUUUCUCCGGACAGAUACGGAUGAGAUGCAGUACUGCAGCACACGAGGAGGUGUUCAUGGCUGGGACUUCCGUGAUGUUCUCUUCUCAGGCUAUGCUCCAGAUGGGGGCAUGUUCAUGCCCGAGACAAUUCCUUCGAUCUCCCCUGCCACUCUCCGAUCCUGGUGCUCUCUGUCUUACCAGCAGCUUGUGUGUGAAGUGUGUUCGCUCUUCAUCUCUGAGCAGCUCAUCCCAAAACAUGAUUUAGAAGACCUCAUAUCCAGUGCUCUGUCCCAGUUCUCUGUGCCAGGUACGGUGCAGUUGGUGCAAUUAAAGGGCUCUCUGUCUGUCUUGGAACUGUUCCAUGGAAAGACGCUGGCUUUUAAAGAUCUGGCCAUGACCUGCACCACACGCUUUCUGGAGUACUUUCUGCGUAAGGACCACAGACGUGCCAUCAUCCUUGUUGGGACAUCUGGGGACACCGGAGGCUCAGCCAUCAGCAGUGUGUGUGAUCUUAGUGCCGUGGACAUAAUAGUGGUUUUCCCAUGUGGACGAAUCACUCAGGUGCAGGAGAGACAGAUGACCACUCAUAUAGAGGACAAUGUCCAUGUUUUUGCAGCGGACGGAAGUUCGGAUGAAAUCGACGUGCCUUUGAGGAAGCUGUUUGCCGAUCGGGACCUGGUGAAUCGCUACGGUCUGAUGAGCCUGAACUCAGUGAACUGGUCACGCAUUCUGGUGCAGCUCGCUCAUUUUAUAUACGCCUACCUGCAACUGAGUGGAGUUCAGGAUACAGACGGAGACACACUACCCCCUGUGGAGGUAGUGGUUCCCACAGGAGGGGCAGGAAAUAUCACAGCUGGAUGCAUCGUCAAGCACAUGGGGGUUCCUCUGCACCUCGUGGCCAUGGUGAACUCUAACAACAUUGUGCAACGUGCAGUUCAGAGUGGAGAUUUCUCUAUGGCCGACAGCGUCAAGCAAACUCUAGCUCCAGCCAUCGACAUUCAGGAUCCUUAUAACAUGGAGCGUGUGUUCUGGCUGUUAUCUGGGAAGGAUGGCGCUUUAGUAAAGAGGAUGAUGGAGCAGUUUCAGGACACUCACACACUCGCUCUACCUGAAACACUCCACAAAAAGUUGUGUUCAGUCAUGCGUUCAGGUUCUGUGUCUGAUGAGGGGAUAUUGGAGGUCAUAAAGAGAUGCUGGGAGGAAAAUCAGUAUUUGGUGUGUCCUCAUACAGCUGUGGGAGUCUGGCAUCACUUCCACCAUCCUGUCCGGCAUGGAGAGAAUAGAUGCUGCAUUGCGACAGCCUCUCCAGCCAAGUUUCUUGAAGCGGUACAGAAAGCAGGCCUGACCAUCGACCUCCCUGACGUAGUAAAGCAGCUGGAGACAAAGAAGACUCGCUAUAAACAUCUAGAGAAAAGCGAGAAUUGGGAAAGAGCAUUAAGAGAGCACAUCGAGGCUAUCGGCUCUGCACGACAACAAGGAGCGCUGUUUUAUACGUUAUAACUAGGUUUAGGGUCUGGAGGGUUGUGGGAUCAAAUCCCAGCAUUUGCUCUCAUAUACUCAAAUAAUCUACAGUUGGGCCUGGAUUCAGUAAAGAUUUCUGUGUAUAAAAACCUACUCAAACUUGAUUAAAAAAUGUGAAAAUGACACAAUAAAUUAGUAAAUACAGAAGUGCAUCUAAGAAAAAGUUAAAUGAAAUGAAAUGAAAUGAAAUGAAAUGGGGAGCAUGGAAACCUUUAUUAUUGCGACAUAUACAUUAGAGUACAGUGGAAUUCUUUUCUUCACAUAUCCCAACUGAGAAGGUUGGUGUCAGAGUGCAGGGGCAGCUAUGAUACAGCGCCCCUGUAGGGUCAAGAGCCCAACAGUGGCAGCUUGGCAGUGCUCGGACUUGAACCGCAAUUCUCAUUACAUGUUAACUAAAAUGUUCCAAGCAUUAUUUUGAUUUUAUUUUUAAUAAUUGUGGCCUGCAGCUCAAAAACAUUGAAAAAGGGUAGCCCAAACAUAAGAAUAUUUCAUUUCCACUUUUUUAGCGAGUCUCUUUUUUAUGCAGUAUAAAUACCACGUCUCUCACGUAGACACUCUGUACACACUACCACUAUCACGAGGAAGACUGCUGACUUGAUGGUUGUCCAGAAGUCACUCACUGAAUCCCUCCAUAAAGAUGACUGCUGUAUCAAAGCGUAGUCGAUAUAUAUUUUUAUGAAAUAUUCUAAUAUUUUCGGAUACUGGAUUUUUGACUUUUAGAAAUUGUAUAAUAAAUCUAAAAUUUAUGAAACUUUCAAUGUUUGAAUAAAAUUUGGUGGAAGACAA